GGGCGACGGACAGCCUUCACGUCCAUAUCUCCCCUCCUGCAUCCACCACCCACUGACCUUUCUUCUGCCCUCCCGCCGGCAUACUCGCUGCCAAUGAAUUCGUCUCAGCAAGUACAAAUAGAGCGCCUGCGAGAACUUGGCAUACCAGAAAAGACAGCCAGAUUCGCAAUCGAGAGCAAAGGCGGGAACUUGCUGGGAGCUGCAGAAUAUGUACGUGUUUAGCUAGUCCCGAAGUUCGUCGCACGCAGUUUCGUUUCAUCGUUCAUUGUCCCCGGGAUCUUGGCGACGACCAAGCCAUCCCACGUUUCCGUCAAUUGCCGUGUGGGCCCUUCUCAUCAACCUUGCUCGACUAAUUGAACACACAGGCCCUGUCUGGAGAAGCAGCCAACGCCGAGGUGAGCGCUUCGCCAAUCCUCCAUCUUCCUCUCCUCCUCCAUCAUGUCCGACGGGCCACCACGAAGACGGACCCGCGAGCGGGACGCGCUGCCCACGCCGAGGGAAGGACAAGAGCAGUUGUUCCAACAUCAGCUUGGCGCGUCUGUUUCCGCCGCGACCUCGACCACCACGCUCACCACGGCGCUGCCUUUCCAACGCUCCAACUCCCUCUCAUCCAUCGCGUCUCUCCUGCCAUCGCGCCCCGGCACCCCCGUUUCCAAACGCAACUCCGGAAGACCCGAUUCACAGAAUGCACUCAGCCGAAGCACCUCAAGACAGUCCGACGCGGGCAAUGUAAAGCCUGCAGAGGCCGUCACGUCGUCGCGGGCGCCGGGCGGCUCGUUCUCGCGCAUACAAGACAAGAGCAGCGGCCUAGUAGGGCUCCGUUCGAACUCGUACUCGGGCACGACCGGCGACGCGCAGGACGCUGCGCGUGGCCGCACACGCAGCCAGUCGCCCUUCCGGCUGCGGCGCCUCCGCACGCGCGACAGUUCGCCAAACGUUGAGGCACUGUCGUAUUCGGACGCCGAGUCAGACUCGGAAGCGCCCCAGAUCCGCCCCCGCAACGCGUUCUCGCUUGGCGUGACGUCCGACGACGAGGACGCGGAUGACUCUGAGGAGGAAGACGACUCAGAGGAGGAGUGGAGUGGCGAGGAGAAGGACCAAUUCGACCCGGUCACUGAGCGAAAUACGGAGCGCAACGCGCUCAUCUCUGGGGACCUCGCGGAUCAGGACGUCGUCGACGUGCCCGACCCGCUUGGGGAGGGCGUGAAUGUCGUCGUGCCGCCGGAGCCGUAUUUCCCCUCCACCCUUAACCACAGCGCGCACAAUCCUCGCCGCAGGAAGUCCAUGCGACCGGACCCUCUGCCGCUCGAUACGUCCCACCCUGCUCGUGUGCUCAGGGAGACGGGCAGGAGGAACAAGCGGUAUGUCCUCGCGAGUGACCUGAGUGACGAGAGUCGAUAUGCACUUGAGUGGGGGGUUGGCACGGUGUUGCGGGAUGGUGAUGAGAUGCUCAUUAUCACCGUCAUUGAGAACGAGAACAAAAUCGAUCCUCCGGUCCCCAACCAGGCUGACCGUGCAGCCAAGCUGCGCGCUCAGCAAGAGCGUCAAGCGUUGGCGUACAUCCUCGUCCGACAAACCGUCAGCCUCCUUCAGCGCACACGACUUCAUGUCACAGUGUCAUGUCAAGCGUGGCACGCGAAGAACCGGAGGCACAUGAUUUUGGCCCGCGAUGUGAUCGUUGGUUCUCGCGGUCUGGGCCAUCUGAAAGGAAUUCUGCUCGGGUCUACAUCCCACUACCUCGUUCAGAAAUGCUCAGUACCCGUCAUGGUCGCGCGUAGGAGACUGAAGCGUCCUCCUCGCCGCUCUGCCCACCUCGCUCCCCACCGUGCCCGCGUGUCACUCGCCCAGGCCGCCGGCGUCGACCGAAUGGCGCCAAAGGUCGAUCAGGAUGUCGCCGACAUGCGUGAUCAGAUGCAACGAGAGGAGGAAAACGCGAAGGAUACUCCCCCGCACCCGGAAGCAGACGACGACCCUGAUACGGAGGCGGAGGGAGUGGAGGACGCGCUUGGCCGGAAGGUUGCUGGCAAUUAGACUGUGAAUGGCUACCACGUAGCUGUGUGAAGGUUUGUAUCACAAGUAGGAUACGGCGGACAGUGGGCGGACUCAGAAGACGUAGGCAUUGUGUGUCCUUAGAAUAUAUUCAGGCGUAGAUUAUUGAGUUUGUGGUGGCUGUUUCGUGUACAUUCGCAUGCGAGAAUGCAUUACAUGUAU